AUGCAAGUUAUGCCAGAGAAACCAUCUACUCCUUCAGAUGGCAGCCUAAACACACAUGCUUAUUUUACUAACAACAAUAUAACAACGUCAAAUUUGCGGAGAGAAUUAACAACUCCCUCUUCGAUGGUAAUAUCAUCUGCGACCACUCUACAAGUUCCAAUUAUUAUAAGUAAAGCUGACUCCCCAUUCAGCAAUAACGUGGUAGUCAUAGGUAUUCUAUGUAUAGGGGGCUUCCUUUGCCUGUUACUGACAAUUUUAGUCAUCCAGUGUUGCGUAAGAUUAUAUAUUCAAAAGAGGAAAUUGAGGAAGAGGGUGUCUGUUAUGUUACCUGAUAAAGAUGAAGAGGUGUAUGAUGAAAUAAAAGAGACAGGAACCUUUGGUAGUAUCCGCAGAUAUGACGGUAUUAGUGAAGAAAGACAGAAAAGUGGCAAAUAUUUCCCCCUAAAGGAAUCUCCGAAGAAAAAAUGCCAGCCCUAUCAGCAUCUCGUGGAACCAACAAGGUACCAAGAGAUUGAAGACAUAAAAAGUGUGUCAGUAAAAUCUUCCAUUUCUGAAUCCAGUGCAGAGAAUUCCAACGGCUUGAAUAAUAGCAAGUAUUUAGAGCCAAAGAUUGAAUCACAGCAGCAUAGUUACGUUGAACUUACUGAAACAACUUCUAGUAAAAUGCAAAUGCAACCUGACAAGGAGAGGAGCGAGGAUACCUUCCAAAUGGGUAACGAAGGAAGCAGAUCAUCCUCACAGUAUGAUGACACUGUUAACAAUUCUGUAAUGGCAUCUGCAGACGAAAAUCUUAAAGAAACUGUAAAACAAAACAAUGAUACUUAUUUAGAUGUAGUUAAUGCAGGGGAUAACACUUAUUUAGAUGUCUCUGUAUCGUGA